AUGUCAAACUCAUUCGAUUGGCAGGAAAAUUCACUGCAUGUAUGGAUGAUGGUAUCACGAGUACAAUUCUGGCUUAUACUUAUCAUUAUAUUCGUGUCAGUAGCCGUUAUUGCUAGGGCAAUGUUCACACUAUUUCAUCUGAAAAAGUCGCAUCACUUCCAAUUUCUCGUCUGGAUCGUUUUUGCCGAUCUCACCACAUUGCUCAUUAUUCUUGUAGACAUUAUGUCACAGUCGUUAUUCAUCGCCAUGAAAGGACCGAUCCUUUGCAAAGUGUUGGUGUUCAUCUCCAACGCUGCUGCCUGCUUUGUUAACUGGGUAUGGUUAGUGAUGUUCGUGCAACGAUGUGCUGCCAUAUUGUUCCCGUUGAAGAGAGAUCGACGAGGAUUUUUCGGCAUAUUGCUCAAUACAAAGAAGUUAAUACUCAUCACUGCCUUGCUGUCAGUUGUUACUCAGAGUUGGCCAUUGUUGCUUGUCACAGAACGAUAUGUCUCGACAGGAGAUGGGCUUAUUGCUGUGACGUGCGAAAGGGACACUAGGAUAAUGAGCGACCAAGGGUACAGAUGGGUAGCGCUGUUCGAAGCCCUCGUCACCUACCUUUGUCCAUUUCUCUGUACAAUCAGUGCUGAUGCGUUAGUUCUUUGUUGGGGACAGAAAAGCAAUAAGUUUACUGUAAUGUCAAGCGACUCAGUCUGUAAGCACGACCUACUGCAUGAGCCAAUGGAUGGACUUAAGAUACAGUCUAGGGAAAGCAUUCGAAUGAGCCAUCUGCGACGACAACGAGCAAUUCGCAGAUGUUUAUUUAUGGCUACGAUCCAAGUGAUUCUUAAUGCUCCUUACUACACUCUACAGCUCAUCGACGAGAUCUACUCGCUACAAAAGACCCCAUCCGGUCUCAUUCCGUAUUUGUAUAUGGACGCUGUUUUGUACUUGCUAUAUCUCUGCCAAUUUCCGCUAGUUUCGCUUUACAUUGCUACGCUCUACUCGGAUAUGAAAGCAGUAGACAAAACCAAACGUAUGCACUCAUCUUCCAUCUCAACGCAUCAGAACAGUGUACGAUACGAGCGAAAACCCGUCAGUGAACUUCGCAACAACGAAGUUUGUCAGCAAGAUGAACAAGCCAGUUGUCUCCAGAAUUGCGAAUAGACGGACCAUCAUAGCUGUCUGCGGGACCAGCCAACUUUACUCAGGUUUUCUAGCCAUAGAUGAGCUUUUUUGUAGUGUGUUAUCUCGUGUAUUUUCACUGUACCAUUUUCAUAAUGCAAAGAAAUUGAUUCGGGUAUACUGUAAUAAUCUUUCUUAUGAUCGACUCAUAAAUGAAAAUUUCUCUUAUUA